AUUUUGUUCAGGACGGGGGAACCGUGCCGUUAUGUCGACAAGCUAUGGGUUGUAACAGUUUGUACUGCUCGUUAAACUGGUUUUAAACGCAAGUGGAGGAUUUUUGUUUUCAACCGUCCCCGGUAAAGACUCUGUUUAGGGUUGCGUGUUGUUGAUACUAUCUGUGAAGUUUAACGAAGUGGAAGAGGACUCGUUGGAGUCGCUUGUGGAUCCAUGCAGACUCGGUCUGGAUUGUAUUCUCAAGAUCGCAGCUGCAGGCCAUUUUACUGAUGGGUGCAUUCUGCGAGGCGACACACCAAGAGUACUACAAAUCAUUCAGAGGAGACAGGAGCUGUGAAAUAAUGAAGACAAACUAGAUAGUGUUGUCUUCCAAGAACUGCAGAAGUUUUCUUGGUAUUGGUAUAUGUAAACGCAUACAACUAUUUGAACUAGCAAAUGUGUACCUGGACUAAACACACAAUCAGAAAAACCUGAUAAGUAACUUUGCUGGUCGUAUCUUCAAACAAACGCCUUCAUACAAAGUGAUCAGUAUGAGUGCCGAAGGAUAUCAGUACAGAGCGCUUUAUGACUACAAGAAAGAGAGGGAGGAGGACAUCAGUCUGCAUGUGGGGGAUAUACUGUUGGUUAGCAAAGGAGCUCUGGUGGCUCUUGGGUACACUGAUGGGCUGGAACAGAGGCCAGAUGAGAUUGGCUGGCUGCCAGGCUUCAAUGAAACCACUCAGGAAAAAGGGGACUUCCCUGGGACAUAUGUCGAGUUCAUCGCAAAGAAGUGGAUCUCUCCUCCCACACCCAAACCAAGGCCCCUCAGACCCUUACCUGUAACUCCGGGCAUCUUCAGGGAGGGGGAGUCGGACUCAGAGCAAGGCUUCUGUCUGCUGGACUUGACGGAGCAGUUUUCCCUUCCAGAGACCAGUCCACCCAUGAUGGCCAGACUGAUGGAAGCUAUUGAGAUGAAAGGUCUGGAUAACCCCACUUUAUAUCGAACAUUUACUGCCGGUGGUGGACUUGAAAUCAGACAGUAUUUUGAUUGUGAUCCUCCCUCACCUGACCUGGAUCAGGUGGAACUUCCCAUCCUGUGUGACGGUCUGCGCCGGUACCUGCAGGAUCUUCCCCAGCCCGUCAUCCCCACUGCAAUAUAUACUCAGAUGGUCAAUACGGCCAAAGAGGUGGUGAAUUCUGAGGAAUGUGCUCAGCUGCUACGUCGCAUCGCCAGCACCCCGACCCUGCCUCCCCAAUACUGGCUAACCUUCCAUUGUCUGCUAAGGCAUUUCUCCAGAGUGUGCCAAAACAGCUCCAAGAACCUGCUGAGUGCCAGAGCCCUGGGCGAGAUCUUUAGCCCUGUACUUUUCAGACAACAGGCGACCAGUUGUGAACCCAGCUCGGAUGCUCACAUCAAGAUCAUUGAGAUUCUGGUGACCAGUGAAUGGAGUGAAAGUCAGGCGGCUCCAGCUCUACCUCCAAAGCCACCCAAACCCACAUCUGUGACUAACAACGGUAUGAACAACAACAUGGCGCUACAAGACGCUGAAUGGUACUGGGGAGACAUCUCAAGGGAGGAGGUCAACGAGAAACUGAGGGACACUGCGGACGGUACGUUUUUGGUGCGAGACGCCUCUACGAAAAUGCACGGAGACUACACUCUGACUCUGAGGAAAGGAGGAAACAACAAACUCAUCAAGAUAUUCCAUCGGGAUGGGAAGUACGGCUUCUCGGACCCACUGACCUUCAGCUCAGUCGUUGAGCUCAUCAACCACUAUCGCAACGAGUCACUGGCUCAGUACAACCCCAAGCUAGACGUCAAGCUUCUGUAUCCCGUCUCCAAACACCAGCAGGAUCAGGUGGUGAAAGAAGACAACAUUGAAGCUGUGGGGAGGAAGCUCUGCGAGUACCACCAGCAGUACCAGGAGAAAAACAAAGAGUACGACCGUCUGUAUGAAGAAUACACCAGAACAUCACAAGAAAUCCAAAUGAAAAGGACAGCUAUCGAAGCUUUUAAUGAAACCAUAAAGAUAUUUGAGGAGCAAUGCCAAACGCAAGAGCGGUACAGCAAGGAGUAUAUUGAGAAAUUCAGGAGAGAAGGCAACGAUAAGGAGAUCCAGAGGAUCAUGGGCAACUACGAGAAGUUGAAGUCCCGGAUUAGUGAGAUCGUAGACAGCAAGCGCCGCCUGGAGGAGGAUCUGAAGAAGCAGGCGGCCGACUACAGAGAGAUCGACAAGAGGAUGAACAGCAUCAAGCCCGACCUCAUCCAGCUCCGUAAGACCAGAGACCAGUAUCUCAUGUGGUUGACCCAGAAGGGAGUCAGACAGAAGAAGCUCAACGAGUGGCUCGGAAUCAAGAACGAGAACACAGAAGAUCAAUAUUCUAUGGUGGACGACGACGAAGACCUUCCUCAUCACGACGAGCGGUCCUGGAAACUGGGAAACAUAAACCGACUACAGGCGGAGGCUCUUCUCCAGACCAAGAGAGACGGAACAUUCCUGGUUCGAGACAGCAGCAAAGCGGGAUGCUACGCCUGCAGCGUUGUUGUGGAGGGUGAGGUGAAGCACUGCGUCAUCAACAAGACCCCCUCAGGUUUUGGCUUCGCCGAGCCGUACAACCUGUACAGCUCGUUGAAAGAACUCGUACUUCACUACCAGCACACGUCUUUGGUCCAGCACAAUGACUCUCUGAAUGUGACGCUAGCGUACCCGGUAUACACCCAGCAGAGACGGUGA